CAGGGAGGUGGGGCGGACCCUCAAACUGAGCGGACUUAAAGCACAGCAGCAGAGGUGAUGCAGAGUUCAGACCUGGAGCUCCGCGUGCAAGCUCAGAGAGACCGCAGCCUUCCGCGGUGCUAAAACCGCGCCUGCUGCUACUGCUGCUACUGCUGGAUCAUCACUCCAAGUUGUACUCAUCUGUGACAACAGCUGGGAAGUAUCUUGAUGACUGAAUCCCCAAAUGAAGACAUUCCUGGUGACUCAAGAUAUGAAAACUCAAGUGACUCAAUACCAUAACGUUCUCUGAAGCAAACAAAACGCAGAUUAUUAACAGCCUGCAAGCACUUGAUCCAUGGAACAUCAUCUUCAGCCACUCGAUUGGAAUUCAUACACCACUUUGUAAUCACAAUAGAUGCCCCUCUAGGGCUGCUUCAGGAUAACACUUAAAAUAAACAGAGGAUCGUGCCAAUGAUUUAAAGUUAAAGUGGCGACCACAGCUUCUGUAUUAACUACUCUUGAGGGAUUUACUGUAAUUAAACACUCACUGAGCAUGCCUCGGCUUGCUGCUCAGCUUGCCUGAGGGCUUAUUCAUUUGCAAUACUAAUUGGCCUCGCGGUUGAUCUGCUGAAACUAUUUAUUUGCCUUGUGGCUUGUGGGAAGCACCGUGGCCGAGUUCACUCUCUUGACAUCUGCCACAUUUUCAAGAUGUGAUGUCCUUCUGGAUUUAGAAAUCUAACUCACGAUAACAAAGAUGACCCUGCAGAGCCAUGCACGCUCCUCAUAUCGUCUGACUGCUAAAUAAAACCUACACAGUAAACGAUUUUAACCUUCAAAACUUUCCCUCACUUCCACGAUGAGUGACACAAACUACUGGGUUGUGGACUAUGAAGUCUCCUCUCACCCUCCGCCCGGGUUCCCCAGGGGCCCGGCGGCGCUGCAGCCCACGGCAGGGCACCCCGAGCAGGGAUCGGCCCUGUGUUUCGUUGGCCUCCUCGUGCUGCUGCUGUUCUUUCUGGUCGUUCGCUGCAUCCGUAUCUUAUUAGACCCGUACAGCAGCAUGCCGGCAUCCUCGUGGUCGGACCACAAGGAGGGGCUCGACAGAGGGCAGUUUGAUUAUGCACUGGUGUGAAGAUAGGAGAAAGGGAUGAAUUUGGAGAUAUGUAGAGGUUCUUUAGGGGCACUUUUGAUGGAUGAUGUUUGUUCCGUGCCCUGUUUAAAGCUUCUAUUUCCAAAGUCUCAGCUCCCAAAAAUAAAAGAAACUGCAUGUUUGUUGUGUGGUUGGGAUACUGGAAUGCAAUGCUGUAAAGAUAACAGCA